CUCUCUCUCUCUUUCUUUGGAGGCUCUGCAGCUGCAGAGAGAGGAGCCGGACGGAGAGGCAGGCCCCCCAAAGCGGCAGGCAUGUCUCCCCUUCACCUUCCCUUCUGCGCUUCACGCCAGGUUUGGGAGGACUGAAGGACAGCUAAGGGGGAAAACAAAGCCCCCCCCCCAAAAAAAAGCCAGCCACUGUAGGAGGAGCGAUCUUUCCCUUUUGCUGGUUCAAAGGAAAGAAAAAGGCUCCCACCUCUGAAGCCCUGGAUCUGUCCCUUCUCACAGCCUUCCCUCUUGCAGCCGUGGCCGAGGUCCGUUCCUGAACCCGCCCAGGCCUCGCAAGCAGGAAAUCCGGACCUCUGGAAUGGGAUCUUCACUGGGUUUGUUACUGGCCCUUGCCGUUGCUCUCCCGGAUCCUGCCCUUUUGCAGCCAUGCUCCUUGGGGAGCCCUCCCCUCCCCCUCCAGUUUGCCGACGUGGGUGCUGACCACAGGGUGCCAGCCCACCGCCGAGCCCCUGGUUCCCUGGAUCCCCUCUAUGGCUUCGUCCAGACAUUUCUUGAUGUGAUUCAACAGAACUCUUUCCCUACAGAACUAUUGAGGGAUGCCUUCAAUGACCCGCCCUCUGCUAGAACGUCUCAGAUCCUCCAGUAUCAAACGGGAUACAUCAUCUGCGCCACCAUUGCCGUCCUCUACUUUGUGACGCUGCCCAUGAUCGGAUUGAGCCUCUGCUGCUGCCGGAGGCACCGGCGCUGCGGCACACGGAUCAAGGCCUACCGGCGCUCGCUCCUCUGUCAACGCAACCUUCUCGUGUUUUCUCUGCUCCUGACCACGCUGGUCAUCCUGGGUGGCGUCAUCUGUGCUUUUGCAGCCAAUCAGAAGGUGAAAGAAGAGAUGGACCCUGGUGUCCGAGAUGCCUUAAACACCUUGCAGGCUUUGAGGCACCAUGUGAAUGGUAUCCCACAGGGAGUUCAGCGGGCAGUGGAGCAGUUUGCCGUGCCCAAGGAGCGAAUCCUCCAGGAUCUGAGCAAUAUCAGCUGGAGUAUCGGAAGCACCAUCCACCUGGUGCUCAAGGGGACGGUGUAUUCAGCCAUGGCUGCCACGAAGGCUCGGGUGCAAGACCUACAGAACUCCUGCUCUCAUUUACGGACACUCAACUCAACGGUCCAGAGCCUGAUCCGGCACCAGGAAGAGCUGGAAGCAAUCCUGAAAGACCGGAAGGGCAGCAUCGUUUCCCUUCUGGAGGACCCGCAGUGUACCUACUGCAUUAGUGCCCUGGGCAGAGCACAGAACUUGGAGUUGGGGGUGAACUACUGGAUGGUACCUUCGGUGGAAAGAGUUUUGAAAACCUUGAAUGGGCUUCCCAAAGCUAACUUUUCUGAAAUAAUCCACCAGGCCAACAGCAGCUUUAACUCUAUCCCAGAACUGGCUGUGUUGAAAAUGGCUGAGCUUAUUCGAGACCUCAAAGUGGAAGUAGAGAAAGUGGCCCAACGAGUCCAGUCGGUGGCCGAAGGCUUCCCAAUUUCAGAUCACUCUCGUCCAAUGGCUGAUGCUCUGAUGAAGGCCGAGAACAGCAGCCGGCCUUACUUGAAGGAAGCAAAGCAUUAUGAACGAUACAGGUGGAUUGCCGGUGUGGUCACCUGUACAGUCGUGCUACUGAUUGUCUUCUGCAACAUCCUGGGACUCUCUCUUGGCAUUUACGGGCUGGCUGUGCGGAAGGAUCCCAGCGACUACGAAAGCAAGGGAGAAGCUGGCGCCAAGUUACUCAUGACAGGGGUCGCCUUCAGCUUCCUCUUCUCCUGGCUGCUGAUGCUCUUAGUCUUUAGCACCUUCCUGGUGGGUGGCAAUGUCCAGACCUUGAUCUGCAAGCACUGGGCCAGUCAAGAGAUUUACAAGUUCAUUGACACGCCCGGGAAUCUUCCUUCUUCCAUGAACGUCACUGAGCAUCUCGGCCUGAAAAAAAAUCUCAACUUAACGACCGCUUACCGGCAAUGUAAGAAUGGCGCAUGCUUUUGGGAUGUUUUGCCGCUAGAGAAGAGCUACCAUCUCAACGAGCACCUUGAUGUUGCCAAGUACACAGCAGAGUUUCAGAAACGUCCUGACCGUUUCCAGAUCCGCUUUCAAGAGAUGGUUUUGCUAAACCCAGAGGGGAAGAAGGACCUGGAGACCUUCCGAGACAGCAAACUGGACCAGAUAGAUUUUGGGGGAUUCACAGCCGAGAUGCGGAAGCCGGUGGUGAAGACCAGCCUGGUUGGCCUGGCCGUGGAACUCGAGGGGCUAAGCAAAGUUCAGAGUGACCGAUCUCUGGCAGAAAGGCUGGCAGAGGAGGCCAAGAACCUGAAAAAGAUUCAGAACAUGACUGUCCUCAUAAUGGAGGGCCUUGUGGAGAAGCUGAAAGCCAGUGUCCAGUUCUUAUCAGCCAUGGCACCAGGCUUGCAGGCUCUGAUAAACAGCACCCAGUCACAGAUUAACCAAGCGGAGAGCAUCGUCCCUAUAGAGUCUGAGAAGAUCCUGAAACAGGAAUUAGGUUGCUUCGUUAAAAAAGAGGCGGGGUACAUCUCGCAGUACUUGAACUGGCUGAGGAGCGUGCUCACGGAAGACGUGGCUUCCUGCCAGCCUUUCUCCACCGCUCUAGACAACGGCCGGGUUAUCUUGUGCGACCGCGUGGCGGAUCCCUGGAAUGCCUUCUGGUUGAGCCUCGGCUGCUGCACCUUCUUCCUCAUCCCCAGCAUCUUCUUUGCCAUCAAGACCACCAAGCACUUUCGUCCCAUCCGGCUCCGACUCGUUUCUACAGGAUCAGAAGAAACCUACCCAUUCCACAUUCCACGUGUAACGUCUCUGCGGCUGUAGGAACUCCUGGCCUCAAGAUCUCCAGGUGAGAGGGACAAGCAUUCCCCAGUCAGGAAUCGCCCUUGCAAAUAUCCAGGUAUUCCCGAGGCUGUUCCCUCACCCACAAUGUCUCCACCAUACUCAGAGCUUACUGGAAAGACUUCUCUUGGACUAAAAAAAAAUGUUCUGCCCACUCAUCAUUACUCUCCAAGCAUCGGUUUUGCUUUGGCUCAACUAUUCAAACAGAAGUGCAUCUGUUGAUGGAAACCAGAUAGAAUACGUCUGCCUGUCCUCUCGCAGCGCCGGCUGUUUCCUCUGCAGCCUUGCCAAAAGAGCCCUCAAAAUUCUCAUACCUGUUUUCAUUUGUCAGGCAGAUGCUUCUGAGGGGAAAAAAAACAGGGUGGGAUAAGGAUAAACAAAUGAGGAUGUGCUGAGGAUAGUGGUUGUGGUUGAUUAGUAUGACUCUGGAGGCUCAUUUUGCCCCCCCCCCAUUUCACCCUCUCCCAUCCGCCACCUCUGUUCAAAUGGAGUCAUUUUAUUGUAGCUGCUUCUGAAAUUAAGGAUGUCAUUAAUUUCUGAAGCUUUGAGGCAUCUGCUCACCCAGCAACGGUGCCCCUGUAGCCUUGGGUGGCUCAGCUUGAGAAGCUCUGAUCACCAGGUGGAAAAAUGUGGCCGGCACUCCUUCCGGCGUCACGAGAGAAUGUCCCCGAAAUUUCACUGCAGAGACUUUAGAGGGAUUUUCUGCUUUCAUGGUGGAACAUGGAACGGGGUUGGGUGUGUUAAAAGCCCUGACGAAGCUGGAAAGUGGGGAGCUCUCCACCUUAGGUAUAACUCACAUCAGCUCCAUGUACCCAGUUCAUAAAGGCCUCCAUGCACUCAAUUCAGACGGUCAUUUCAUCUAGCCAACAAACGGUCAGCUUUGAUGGGAGUGGAUUUCUAGAGAAAUGGCUAGCAGUGUGCCUUUCCCACCCUGUACUAGCUAGCUCUCCCCUUCCUAUGGAGAUGCUGAAGAUGAUACAGCCCAAGGUGAGCCUACCUGGUGGUGGGCAGGGAUGCUGGCCUUCUGAAAGAGCAAGGUCCCUGGAGGACCAUAUUUUGCUCUGGAAAGCAAUCAUCAUGGAGUGAGCCUUGGUUAAGAACAGAAGGAACCCGCUUUUUAUUCUGAGAAAGACAUUGUGACAUGAAAGAGGAUAGAGAGUCUUUGUGUUGGCCAACCAAGGCCAAAGCAAGACCUAAGAAGCUACGUUGGCUUCAAAGAGGGAGGUCCAGAGAGCCUGGAAGAGGAGGUAAGGAAGAGAGCUUUCAUCAGCCUUAAACACCUAGGCUUCUAAGGAUGGUUAGCAAAGUUCGAGGCAGGUCAAAGGACAGUCUGGGGAACCUGUUUUUUCUCUCCUGCCCCCAUGCAAGCAAGUGCAUUAAGAAGGCAAGUUGAGUUCUACCCCACUGAUUUUCAACAGGACUGAACCCUUAAAAGCAAGGCUAGCCUGUGAUACCCCUUUAUAUGCCUCCCUCCCAUUCUCUUGGUUGAGAGAGAAAAGAACUCCAAGGAUUAAGGAGACAACGGCUUGCUAACCGCAGAAGUCGCUCUCCAGAGUUCCUUAUAGCUGUGUUCUGGCACGGAGGUGGUUCUGGAAGGUGGCACAUUAACAGCUAAGAUCCUGGAAGAAUUAAAAGCUGGCACAGCAAAGGAGGGCCAAGAAUGCCUUGCCAACAAUCUUGUUUCCUAUUCUUUGUUUUUUUCCCCUAAUAUGAGGAGGCAUUGAAAAAAAGGCCUGUCCGCUGGCCUUCUGAAAUGUCACAUGUCAGGUGGUGCCACUUUCUGCCACGUGUGUGGCUGACAACGAGGAUCUUGUGUGAGCGGAGAUUUCCUGAGCCAGAGUUAAACUGGCAAGGCAAAUGCAGGACAUCUCUCAGAUAACGUUGUUCUGUUUCUAUCAGUGUUCUUAAAAUGUUAUAUGUGCCCUGAGCCUUUGCCAAAGAGCAGAUUGACGAGUAAAGUCAAAUAAAGUAAUAUAUGGGGAGGGGGAAAAAUAGAAACAAAAAGUUUGGUUGGAUGAGGUUUUUCUCUGCUUUGUGGUGUUAUUUUUUUCUUUGUCCCCCCACCCCACCCUGUUGCUUUAUCUUGCCACACAGGCAUGCUAUUUUCCUACUCACUUUAUGUGGGA